AUUAAUAUUUCUUCCCCUACCAUUUCUACGUAUGUGUGGCUGUGGCCUGCUUCCCCAGCCUUCUCUGGACUCUGCCACUCCAGUCUUCUUAUGUCUCUACCCACCUCUCCUGGUCCCAGGAACCUGCAUUUCCCCUUCCUAGAACACCCUAUCCUUCAGUCUAUAUAAAAAAAGAAAUCUGUCCUCUUCUUAGUUUUAUUUUUUUCUCUGAACUCUGUUUUCUCUAAUGAGCAUAUUUUACUUUUAAGAUCAUUUCUGGAUGACCCAGCUGUCCUUGGCCUUGAACCUUCCCAGAGGCCUCCAGCAGAGGCCAUUUCCUCCUCCUCAAGACUCAGCCACCCUCCUCCCCUUCCCCCGUUUGUGUAUAGCUUUCCCCUUGGUAGCUGCAGGUGCUGGUCUUAUCUUCCUCCCUGACUGGAGUAUAAACACUAUAAAGGCUCCUGAGGAUUGGUCUCCACCUUCCCACCACCUGCGCUGAGAAGAGCCAAGUCCUGUGAGUGACCCAGGCCUCCUUCCACUGAGUACUACUCGUGAGGUCUGCUCACUGAGAGGACUGCGGAGUCAAGGGGGAUAGAAACAGCCAACACUCCCUCCCCAUGGGGAAGAUGAAGCCAAGACACAUGCGCUAUCUCCCCCAAGGUCACCUGGCAGAUCAGUGGGAGAGCCGCUCUCUGGAUUCCCUGUGUCCCCUGCUCUGAAGCGCUACCAGUUCAUUGUAAUCCUGAUGAGCCUCUCUUCUGACUGGAAUGGGCUGGAGAGCAUCUCUGAUGCCCUGGAAAACUGAAGCCCGAGGACAAGUGAUCUUUAUGGGACUGCUUCAGGCUGGCUGACGGGAACUGCCCUGUAGAGGUCCAUCUGCGUCCAGACCCAGACGAUGCCAGAGCUAUGACUGGGCCUGUAGGCGUGGCGCCGAGGGGACAUCAGCCAUGGAGCAGCCACCGGAGGAAGCCCCUGAGGCCCGGGAAGAGGAGGAGAAAGAGGAAGUGGCAGAGACACAAGGAGCCCCAGCGCUCAACGGAGGACCAGAGCACUCGCUUCCUUCCAGCAGCUAUACAGACCUCUCCCGGAGCUCCUCCCCACCCUCACUGCUGGACCAGCUGCAGAUGGGCUGUGACGGGGCCUCAGGCGGCAGCCUCAACAUGGAGUGCCGCGUGUGCGGGGACAAGGCAUCAGGCUUUCACUACGGUGUUCAUGCGUGUGAGGGAUGCAAGGGCUUCUUCCGUCGGACGAUCCGCAUGAAGCUGGAAUACGAGAAGUGUGAGCGGAGCUGCAAGAUCCAGAAGAAGAACCGCAACAAGUGCCAGUACUGCCGCUUCCAGAAAUGCCUGGCCCUGGGCAUGUCGCACAACGCCAUCCGCUUUGGCCGGAUGCCAGAGGCUGAGAAGAGGAAGCUGGUGGCAGGGCUGACGGCUAGUGAGGGCAGUCAGCACAACCCUCAGGUGGCUGACCUGAAGGCCUUCUCCAAGCACAUCUACAACGCCUACCUGAAAAACUUCAACAUGACCAAAAAGAAGGCCCGCGGCAUCCUCACCGGCAAGACCAGCCACACGGCGCCCUUUGUGAUCCACGACAUCGAGACACUGUGGCAGGCAGAGAAGGGCCUGGUGUGGAAGCAGCUGGUGAACGGCCUGCCACCCUACAAGGAGAUCAGCGUGCACGUCUUCUACCGCUGCCAGUGCACCACGGUGGAGACCGUACGCGAGCUCACCGAGUUCGCCAAGAGCAUCCCCAGCUUCGGCAGCCUCUUCCUCAAUGACCAGGUGACCCUCCUCAAGUAUGGAGUGCACGAGGCCAUCUUUGCCAUGCUGGCCUCCAUUGUCAACAAGGAUGGGUUGCUGGUGGCAAAUGGUACUGGUUUUGUCACCCGUGAGUUCCUGCGCAGCCUCCGCAAGCCCUUCAGUGAUAUCAUUGAGCCCAAGUUUGAGUUUGCUGUCAAGUUCAAUGCCCUGGAGCUUGAUGACAGUGACCUGGCUCUCUUCAUCGCAGCCAUCAUUCUGUGCGGAGACCGGCCAGGCCUCAUGAACGUGUCACAGGUGGAGGCCAUCCAGGACACCAUCCUGCGUGCCCUUGAGUUCCACCUGCACGCCAACCACCCCGACGCCCAGUACCUCUUCCCCAAGCUGCUGCAGAAGAUGGCUGACCUGCGGCAGCUGGUCACCGAGCACGCCCAGAUGAUGCAGCGGAUCAAGAAGACCGAGACGGAGACCUCGCUGCACCCCCUGCUCCAGGAGAUCUACAAGGACAUGUACUGAGGUGCACCCCCAGGGCCUCCCAGCAGGCCUCCGGGGGCCGAGAACCAGGGGCAGGGGACAGCGCUGGGACAGGGGCCACCAUGGGACUUUCCCGUUGGCUCCCCGAGCACUCAGCAUGGCGCCCGAGCCGGGAUCACACACUCCUGUGGUCAGAACCACGCCUCGCUCCCCAUAUUCCCUUCCCCCCCACUCGUCUUUCUUCUCUAACGUCUUUGCUCUUCCUCUUCCUCUCUAUAGGUUUCCCCCUUCCUCCCUCCCACACCCCCCCUUUCUCUCUCCCCAUCUCCAUGUCUGGCCCUCUCUUUCUGUGAGACAGUUUGUAUCUUUCACCAGCAGCAUAGGACAGGACUUCUGCUUUUGUCCCUGCCCCCCCGCGCAGAAGGGAGUGGGGCCUGCCCUGGCACCAGCAGUCACUGCAGGGGUGGAGGCUCCUCUGCUCCCGUCCACAGCAAGGGCUGGAGCCAUCCAAAGAAACACUAAGCUCUGGGCCUGGCUUCCUGGGGAAGCCGAGCAGGACCUGGGCUGACUGCAUCAGUGCCCCCUGGUCACUGGGUCCUGCCCUGAGACUGUCCCCGCCCUCUGGAGGCUGAGGCUGGCACCCCUGACUCAGUGGACCCCGCUCCAGCCCCACGCCCAGCCCCACUCACAGCCCCACUCACACCAACACCCUCUUUGUUCUUUUCACUGGUCUUCCAGGCCAGUGUUGCUGGUGGCCCCCUGCGCUGGCCGCUGGGGGACCUACCCCUGCCUGGAAAGAGGUGGGUUCCCUGCAGGUGGGGGUCCCACACCCCCGUGAAGAGGAACGAGCCUCAAGGGAGGUGAAGGUUGGUGGGGAAGCAGCGAGCAGGCCUCUGGGUCGCCCUCCAUCUGCACCCCCCAGUCUGCAGCAGCCUCAUCCCACCUGUGUUCUGUCAGCGCCACAGCUUUGCCUCUCCCAGGGCCAGGGCUGGCCUCACACCCCACGACGCCCUGUCUCCAGCCAGGAGACAGUGGCACUGGCCGAGCUCAUACCCCACACACACUCCUGGAGCUGCCGCUCCACCGCACAGCACAGCACUGAAUUCACUUUACUGCAGGUUCCACACAACCCCCCUUCCCCGAAGUGGAUACGUGCCCAGAGGGGCCUGCAGGUGGACGGGCAGGGCUGUGCCCCUGUUCCCAGGGCUGGGCCAGAUCCCUGGUCAGCAGGGCAUCCUGCUGAGUCAGCCCAGCACCUGCUCACAGGGGAAGGUGCCAGGGAUAAACUGAUCUGUUUAUCGAGACAUCCAUCUGUCCCAGCAGCUCUGCUACCCUCCCCUUCCCGUAUUCAGCCCCUGGUGACUGGGACCUGCCAGGCCAGCCUCACUCCCCAGGCCUUGCCCCUCGCCAGGUGCACUCAGUGCCACAGAGAAGGGGCUGAAGCACAGCUGUCUGAGCAGGAGGGCAAAGCCGCCAUGCCACUUUUCCAGCAAGGAAGCUGGCUGGAGUGGCAAGGGCUGGCCAGGGUCUCUGAGAACCUGGGGUUAGAGCCCAGGCUUCCUGGGUCCUGUCUGGUCCUCCUUCAAAAGGGGCAUUUUUGUCUGACUGCAGCUCUGGGAGGAAAUGCCCUAGAGAGAAGACAAGGCCAGUGUCUGUCCCUACGGGGGUGCUGCGGCCUUCCAUGCCCAGGAUCACUCUCUACUGGCUUCUUCCUCUCCCAUUGUACCCUUGGCUGACCAGGGCCAGCACUGUGAGGGAGAGACGCUGACCUCUGCCUCCCCUACCACCUGCCCAUCCCCACCCCACCCAGCUCUAGUGCUGAGAGUACAGCUCUUCUCAGUGUCUGAACAAUCUCCAAAAUUGAAAUGUAUAUUUUUGCUAGGAGCCCCAGUUUCCUGUGUUUUUAAUAUAAAUAGUGUACACAGACUUAUGGAACUUUAAAUAAAUGGGAAUUAAGUAUUUAAGAGUUGACUUAG